GCUCGCUGCAGUCAGACUGCAUCGCAGAAAAACAAUGUUCGUUUUGAUGAGCGAAUUUUCGCUGAUCAAAAUAGCAUAACAAUUGAUCGCGAUACUGUAAUCGAUGCUCAAAGGGGUAAUCUGUGGGAUCUUCCUCACACGUUCCUUGUAGAGGAAAAGAGAAGCUACGACUACCAAUCUACUUAUUCUGAUGGGUCGCUUGUGUGGACAAAUGCCGUUCCACCGCUGAAAGAGGAUGAAACUCAGAAGAGCGAAGUAGCGGCAGGUUUGUCCUCUGUUGAUUUCGUUACCUAA